CAUUUCUAUAAAUUCAAUAUAUUUCUGAAAAAUAAUGUCCAUAGAAUUAUAAAGUAGUCGAUGUUCAGUCCCCAGUUUUGCCUUUAUUAUGUUGUAUAUGUUAUGUAUCAUGUUAUAUUCAGAGCUGGGCGACUGAGAGGACAUUAUGAUUCAACAAGUGUAUUACUAUUAAUGCAAACUGUUUUUCCCCUUGGUACGAACAUUUUAAGUACCGUUUCAUGGAGGUAUAAUAGCGAGUGUGUAAUACAAAGAAUAAUUUUGGUUUUAUUUUGACAAAUAAAUUGAUAACACGUCUUUAGGUCGACAGCUGGGGUCGUUUAAAACACGGGUUUCAGGGGCACUUGACAUCAGUGGCAUCCUCUCACAAACAUGUGCAGGCUUGAGUCACGUUAAUGGACACAAUAAAGUGGAUUCCUGGCGCGGACAGGAAGAGCGGGACCCUCCGCUCCGCUCACAAGCCGCCGGGUCCCUUCGCCUCGGAGCAGACCGCGCGAGCGUGUAAACUUUAUUUUUGCCAAACGCGUUCUGGAAGCAGCCUUCUCUCCCAGGACCUGACUGGAUGCGAGGCUGCGUCCGGGUCCACAGCAGCGUUCUUCCGCCACUUGUAACCGAGCAACCGUCCCAGUGAAUAACCAGCUGAACAAAUCCCAUUGACGGCAUUAUUCACACCGAGGCACCCGACACAGGAGCCGACGACUUCAAAACAGGCGCAUGCGCAGUGCCGCGUCCCCGCCUUCUACCUGAGAGGAGCUCACCUGGAUCCAGCGAGACGGAAGUUUCGUGAAUCUUUUUUCUUCCUCGGCAAAACUCGUUUGGAGCUGAAGAGUGAGUGACGAUGUGUCGUAGCCAAACGACAGAGGCAGUCGAGGGUUUGAUUCCCGGACAACGAUAGACAGCGAGCUCCUUGACUCAUGCUAAGAGCUGCUCUACGUUGUCGCUGCCUCUUCACUGGAGAAGAAUGUCAGCGCUCCGCCGCGUGUUCCGGAGGAGACUUCACCCUCUCAAGCUGCUCAUAGUGGCCCUGGUCUUCGUCACCUUCGUCUUCUUCAUGCAGUGGGAAGUAGGAAGCCCAAGUCCUCAGGAAGACCCCUGGCUGAAGGGGAUCGUGGGCAAGCGGGACGCCAUGCUGGACGUGGUGAUGGGCGCGGUGAAUAACUUGAGGGAGGUCAUACCAAAGAUGCAGAUCAGAGCUCCCAUGCGUCAGCAGAACGACGGACGCCCCUCCUCCUGUCUCCCGGGUUACUACACCGCCGCUGAGCUCCGGCCGGCGCUGGAGAGACCGCCUCAGAACCCCCUGGCUCCCGGAGCUGACGGGAAACCCUUUCACACCGACUCUCUGACCCCCCUCGAGCAGAAGGAGAAGCAGAGAGGCGAGGAGAAACACUGUUUUAACCUGUUUGCAAGUGACCGCAUCUCGCUGAGCAGAACACUGGGUCCAGACACAAGACCACCUGAAUGUAUCGAACAAAAAUUCAGGCGCUGCCCCCCCCUGCCCACCACCAGUGUGAUUAUCGUCUUCCACAAUGAGGCCUGGAGCACGCUGCUGAGGACCGUCUACAGCGUCCUGCACUCCUCGCCGGCCAUUCUCCUCAAGGAGAUCAUCCUGGUGGACGACGCCAGCGUGGACGUUCAUCUAAAGGAGCAGCUGGACGAGUACAUGAAGAGGCUGAACAUCGUGCGAGUCGUUCGCCAGCCGGAGCGUAAAGGCCUCAUCACAGCGCGACUGCUGGGAGCGUCAGUGGCAACUGGCGACACCCUCACCUUUCUGGACGCCCACUGCGAGUGCUACAACGGCUGGCUGGAGCCCCUGCUGGCCAGGAUUGCAGAGAACUCCACAGUUGUGGUCAGUCCUGAUAUCUCCACCAUCGACCUCAACACCUUCGAGUUCAUGAAGCCGUCGCCGUACGGCCAGAACCACAACAGAGGAAACUUCGACUGGAGCCUGUCCUUCGGGUGGGAGAAUAUUCCAGAUCACGAGAAACAAAGAAGGAAGGAUGAAACUUAUCCGAUCAAGACUCCCACCUUCGCUGGAGGUCUCUUCUCCAUCUCCAAACAAUAUUUCUACCAGAUUGGAAGUUACGAUGAAGAAAUGGAGAUCUGGGGUGGCGAGAACAUUGAAAUGUCCUUCCGAGUGUGGCAGUGCGGAGGACAGCUGGAGAUAAUCCCCUGCUCCAUUGUCGGCCAUGUUUUCCGCACCAAGAGCCCGCACACCUUCCCCAAGGGCACGCAGGUCAUCGCUCGCAACCAGGUGCGUCUGGCGGAGGUGUGGAUGGACAGCUACAAGGAGAUAUUCUACCGUCGCAACCAGCAGGCGGCUCAGAUGGCCAGAGAAAAAUCGUACGGGAAUGUCUCCAAGCGACUGGAGCUGCGCUCUCGUCUGCAGUGCAAGAGUUUCUCCUGGUACCUUCAGAACAUCUAUCCCGAGGUCUUCAUGCCGGACCUCAGCCCGCUUCGCUUUGGAGCAAUUAAAAACGUGGGCAAAGACGCGUGUCUGGAUGCUGGAGAGAACAACGACGGGAGCAAGCCGCUGAUCAUGUACCCGUGCCAUGGACUUGGAGGGAACCAGUACUUCGAGCUCUCCACACAUUACGAGAUCCGACACAACAUCCAGAAGGAGCUGUGUUUGCACGGGGGGUCCGGGGCAGUCAAGCUGGAGGAGUGCCAGUACAAGGGGGGCAAAACGUUCGUCGGCGCCGAGCAGAAGUGGGAGCUGAAGCGUAACCAGUUGUUCUUCAUCCCGGGCUGGAGAAUGUGUCUGAGCGCUCGCUUCGAACAUCCCUCCCUGGCCACCUGCGACCCCUCCGACAGAUUCCAGCUCUGGUCCUUCGUCUGAGGCGCUCAGAGAGUCGUAUUUAUUUUUUUUUUACAUACCUGGAACUAGAAGGUUUUAUGAUGUGAAGAUUCUGGAACCAUGAAGAUGCUGUGCGCUGCUGCAGAGAACAACCACUUUGACUGAAAGAGACGGACUGUUCUGCUAUGGAGGACCUGCUGCGUCCACACGCUAUGGCACUAGGUGGUCGCUCGCCAAGUUCACCAGCUGGUCGUCUUCAUUAGAACUUGGAAUCAUGGACACGCUCAAACUCCCGGCUCAUCUUGGAUGGACGACCACUUGCCGUACUUCAUGAUUCUUGUGUACUCUGGAUGGGUAACUGAUCCUCUCCCAGAUGACACCCACAGCAGAGUGGGAUGGAGUGGUAAACCAACAGCUCCAGCUCCAGCCACACCCCUCCAUUCUUCCCUCCCAAGUAGAGACACCACUAAGCUGCUUGCAAUCCCACGAGGUUUCCAUCCUUAGAACAGGAGUUUUCUCUGUCAAAUGUAUUGCAAGUGGGCCUUCUCCACCUUGAUAAUGAAUCCUUAAAUGUCUUAAAUCUGAAACAGUCUGCCCUUUAAUAGUUUCUAAAUUUGCCAUCCUCUUCUUGGUGCUUGUCGACAGACUGAAAUUGUCCUUCUUCACCUGCGACACAUCGCCAUCUUGUGGUAGGAGACAUUCAUGGCGUAGUCAUGGGUUUGUGUGGAAUUUUAAUUCUGUCUUUAAAUCUCGUUGUGGAGGUUUGACUGAGAUACUGCGACAAUAUUCGAUGUGGUCAUGGAUACACAAAACAACAUUUCUCGCUGUUACAUAUGUUCGUCCGUGAACUCGGAGGCCGUCGUGACCAAGUUUUAAAUUAUGAUGUUCUCCAUUCUCGGCGAGCAAAAUGAGAUCUGCCUGACAUCUACAGCAGCAAACAGACACCGACCACUGCAGUAACCGCGGAAUGGUUUGUGGCAGAGUUGCGCACUGGACUCGCUGUUGCGCACCAAUAGAGUUGACGAUCAAAAACCAGCGGUGCCUCGGGUGUAAAUUAUUCCGGGUAAAGUUCGGAGGUAGGUGGUGGGGGCGGGGUUGACUAGUUCAGGAGGUUUUGUUACCAUAAAAAAAUGCAAAAAAAAGUCUGAAUUUUAAUUAUUAGGAGGAUUUUUAGAUGUUUAAAUUUGAACUUGCUUCGAAGUGCGAAAGGGCGCGUGAAUGAGUUCUCUGGUGCAGGCGCUAGUGUUGGUCGCUGUGUUGUACUUUUGUGAAGGCGAGGAGGAUCGGAGCGUGUACUGUUGUGGGAGAAACGAUUAAAGACGAUUUAUACAUUUAAUGCAGUCACUUUGCGUCCGUGAUUCCUUCAUCGAUCAGCAGACGGCGCUGUACGCCAAUAGACCGCUGUUGACAUUGUUGGCGCAACUGUGUGGAGCGUCCUGAUAUUCCGAGUUUUAGUGCUCAGACGGUAUUAUUGAGGCGAGAUGACAGUUUCCAGAAAAAGACACAAAUCGGGGGAAAGUU